GGAGGAUUGGAUUGAUGCACCAACGGUGCUGCUGGCAGCAGUGCCCCCGAGGUGGAGGGGACCAGGCGCGGGCUAGGGGAGAGGAGGACGGGCCCCCGAUCCAGAGCAGCGUGACAGUAGCAGAGACGAUGAGAAGGGCGAUUUCGAGCUUGGCCUGAACGAGGGGCCCUCCCUUGGGCGCGGUAAGAGACUCAUUCAGUGACAACUUAUUGGCCGUCUGAUGGAUCCAGGGCACUCUGCCAGAUAAAGGCGGGGCAAAAGAAAGUGUAACCAGUAAAGUCUCAAUUUACUUUGAAAGGAAUGUGAUGUUAAUUCUGGGGCAUUGAUGUUUUACCAUGCCUGAUCAAGACAAAAAAGUGAAGACCACAGGAAAAUCAACCGAUAAAAAACAACAAGGAAUCAUCACCAGGGACUAUUCAGAUCUUAAAAGACUUCUGUGCCUUUUGAACGUUCAGUCAAGCAAACAACAGCUUCCAGCCAUUAACUUCGAUAGUGCCAGAAGCAGCAUGACGAAAUCUGAGCCUGCCAGGGCGGGUGGACACAGAGCUCGAGGUCAGUGGCACAAGUCCACAGAAGCCAUUGAACUUGAAAAUUUUAGUAUAAACUACAAGAAUGAGAGAAAUUUCAGCACACAUCCCCAGCAUAAACUAUUUCAGGAGAUUUUUACAGCCUUGGUGAAAAAUAGACUCAUAUGCAGAGAGUGGGUUGAUCGAGCCCCAUCUCUUCAUUUUCUGAGAGUAUUAAUUUGUCUGAGACUUCUAAUGAGGGAUCCAUGUUAUCAGGAAAUGCUCCAUAGCUUGGGUGGGAUUGAAAACCUAGCUCAGUACAUGGAGAUCGUGGCCCACGGGUACCUCGGCUCCGGGGAGGCGCAGCACAGCGUGGACAAGCUGGUCAACAUGACGUAUAUUUUUCAAAAACUUGCUGCUGUCAAAGACCAAAGAGAAUGGGUCACCACAAGCGGAGCCCACAAGACAUUAGUAAAUUUACUCAGUGCCCGAGAUACUAAUGUUCUGUUGGGUGCCCUUCUGGCUCUGGCUAGUUUAGCUGAAAGUCCAGAAUGUAGGGAGAAAAUAAGUGAACUCAACAUUGUAGAAAAUCUGCUGAUGAUUUUACAUGAAUAUGACUUGCUUUCCAAAAGGCUGACAGCUGAGCUGCUGCGCCUGCUCUGUGCCGAGCGCCAGGUGAGAGAGAAGGUGAAGCUCUACGAGGGGGUCCCCAUCCUCCUCAGCUUGCUGCACUCAGACCACCUACAGCUGCUGUGGAGCGUCGUCUGGAUCCUGGUUCAGGUUUGUGAGGACCCUGAGACCAGUGUGGAAAUUCGCAUUUGGGGAGGCAUCAAGCAGAUUCUUCAUAUUUUACGAGGGGACAGAAAUUUUGUUUCUGAUCAUUCCUCCAUUGGAAGCCUGUCUAGUGCCAAUGCGGCAGGCCGAAUCCAGCAGCUUCAUUUGUCAGAAGAUUUAAGCCCUCGGGAAAUACAAGAAAAUACUUUCUCUCUUCAAGCAGCCUGCUGUGCGGCCCUCACGGAACUGGUGCUUGACGACACCAACGCCCACCAGGUGGUUCAGGAAAAUGGUAUAUAUACAAUAGCAAAAUUAAUUUUACGAAAUAAACAAAAGAAUGCAGCAAAAACUAAUCUAUUACAGUGUUAUGCGUUCAGAGCCUUGAGGUUUCUCUUCAGUAUGGAAAGAAACAGACCACUCUUUAAAAGGAUAGGAACCCAUUUGAAGGGGAGGAGGCUGGAUGUUCCUGGAUCAGAAGGUUGUGUGGUGAGCAUGACAGAAAAACCACCACCUUGGGAAGCAGAGAGCGGUUACCUACAGGUGUGGUCUGCGCGCCGUAGAGGUGGCAGACUUUUCCCCACCGACUUGUUUGAGAUCUUCAUUGACAUAGGACAUUAUGUUCGUGAUAUCAGUGCUUAUGAAGAAUUAGUAUCAAAGUUGAAUUUAUUAGUGGAGGAUGAACUGAAGCAAAUUGCUGAAAAUAUUGAAAGCAUUAAUCAGAAUAAAGCUCCUUCGAAAUAUAUAGGCAACUAUGCAGUUUUGGAUCAUCUUGGAAGUGGAGCUUUUGGCUGUGUUUACAAGGUUAGAAAGCGUAGUGGUCAAAAUCUUUUAGCAAUGAAAGAAGUCAAUUUACAUAACCCAGCAUUUGGAAAGGAUAAAAAAGAUCGAGACAGCAGUGUAAGGAAUAUUGUUUCUGAAUUAACCAUAAUUAAAGAGCAGCUUUAUCAUCCCAAUGUUGUACGCUAUUACAAAACAUUUCUGGAAAAUGAUAGGUUGUAUAUAGUUAUGGAGCUUAUAGAAGGGGCCCCUCUUGGAGAGCAUUUCAGUUCUUUGAAGGAAAAACAACAUCAUUUUGCUGAAGAGAGACUAUGGAAAAUAUUUAUACAGCUGUGCCUAGCUCUUCGGUACUUACAUAAGGAGAAGAGGAUCAUCCAUAGAGACCUGACGCCAAACAACAUUAUGUUGGGGGAUAAGGACAGAGUAACAGUUACUGACUUUGGCCUGGCAAAGCAAAAACAAGAAAGCAGUAAACUUACAUCUGUUGUAGGAACAAUUCUGUAUUCCUGCCCUGAGGUUCUGAAGAGUGAGCCGUAUGGGGAGAAGGCUGAUGUCUGGGCAGCAGGCUGCAUCCUUUAUCAGAUGGCGACUCUGAAUCCUCCCUUCUACAGCACAAACAUGCUCUCCCUGGCCACAAAAAUAGUGGAGGCGGUAUAUGAACCAGUGCCAGAAGGCAUCUAUUCUGAAAAGGUGACCACUAUCAUCAGCAGAUGCCUCACUCCUGAUGCAGAAACCCGCCCAGAUAUUGUAGAAGUCAGCUCCAUGAUAUCAGAUGUCAUGAUGAAGUAUGUAGAUAACUUAUCCGCAUCCCAGCUGGCCUUGGAGAAGAAGCUGGAACGGGAACGGAGACGCACACAGAGGUAUUUUAUGGAAGCCAACCGGAACACAGUCAUGUGUCAGCACGAGCCGGCUCUGCUCUCUCAAGAAUCCUUUGAGAAGGCAAGCUUGAGUAGAAGCAGCAGUGGAGCAGGAAGCCUGAAAAGUGAGCUUUCAGAAAGCACAGACCUGCCGUCUGAGGGCUCCCAUGCCCCCUGUGAUAAGGACGAAGACCGAGCCUGUGCUGGAAUCUUGUCAGAUGAUAACUUCAACUUGGAAAAUAUUGAGAAAGAUAUAUAUUCAGAGUUCGAUGAUGAAUUGGACACUAUGGAUAACUCCAGCAGCUCCAGUUCAAACCCUUUGAAGGAAUCUACAUUCAUCACUUUAAAGAGAAGUUUUAGUGCUUCAGGAGGAGAAAGACAAUCCCAAACAAGAGACUUCACUGGUGGAAUAGGAUCAAGACCAAGGCCAGCUUUGCUGCCUCUUGACCUGCUUCUGAAAGUGCCACCCCUCAUGCUCAGGGCCCACGUUAAGGAGCUAGAGGCCGAGUUAGUGAUGGGGUGGCAGUCCCAUAGCCUUCCCACUGUGAUACUUCGCAAUCUCAAAGACCAUGCAUCUGCAGGAAUUGCUGUGUCCCAGAGGAAAGUACGUCAGAUCAGUGAUCCUAUUCAGCAGAUCUUAGUCCAGCUGCACAAAAUCAUCUACAUCACUCAGCUUCCUCCAGCUUUGCACCACAAUUUGAAAAGAAGGGUUAUAGAGAGAUUCAAGAAAUCCCUCUUCAACCAGCAGAGUAACCCUUGUAAUUUGAAAUCUGAAAUUAAAAAGUUAUCUCAGGGAUCUCCAGAACCAAUUGAGCCCAACUUUUUCACAGCAGAUUACCAUUUAUUGCAUCAUUCAUCAGGUCGAAACAGCCUGUCCCCAAAUAACCCAACAGGUCUACCCUCCAGCUUUGAUUUGGAGCAGGGGAUAACAUAUGAACAGAUGCAGAUUGUGAUUGAAGAAGUCCUAGAGGAAAGUGGUUAUUACAAUUUUACUUCUAACAGGUAUCACUCCUAUCCAUGGGGGACCAAGAAUCACCCAACCAAAAGAUGAAAGUGCUGCAUUUUGAAUGGACUUGGUUUUCCCAGUGAAGAUCAAGUUCUGGACUUCAACCACUACUGGCAAGAUGCCCAAGGAUUGGGUGCUGCUAAAAGAGUGUGGAAGAGAAAAGACCAACAUGCCAUGGUGCCUGCAGGACCUCUUUCUGGAGGUCCGGUGCUAAGAGGCUUCAUCCUUGGGACACAUGUAUACAGGAUGACAGGGCUCCCAGUGUGCUCCUGGGAGAAAAUGCUGCAAAAUUCAUCUGUGAGAAGAAAACCCACUCCUUGCAGAACUUUCCUCCAAGUUAAAAAAAAAAAAAAAACUUCUCAUAUUUUUCAAAGGAAUCUACUUAGAAUUGCUGAAACUAUGUUUAGAGGCAUCUAGCCUUCUAUGUAUAAAAGAUAGUUUUAGAUAAAGAAAAUUAUAGAACUCAGAACAGUAAUAUAUUGGGUGAUUCACUGUAUCCCUCAAUUUUUUUAAUCUUAAAAGAAAUUCAGAAUAUGUGAUCGAAUUAUUUUGUAGUUUUAUUUGUUUGUUUUAAUGAAAUAAUUGGUUUUCUCUUAACCAGUUGGGUACUAGUGGUCUUGAACAGUAUUUGUAACCUUGCACAGCCUCUGGGAAUAACUGUCAAAUUGUCAGAUUUAAGCUAAGAAUGUAUUGAUGUAUAGUUUGUGUAUAUGUAUAUAUGCAUAGGGGGAGGAGGGAGGUUUUGAUUAGGCUAAUGCUUUGCUGCUAAUCAAACUCAUAGUGUUUGAAGAGCACUUCAAACUUAGGGCACUUUGAAGAGUCAUAGAGUCUAUGAAAGAGAUGCAAUAUUCCAUAUUCUAAGUCCCUCCUAAAUGAAAUUACCAACAUUGCUUUUAAAUUUUUAUUAUUUGAGAAUUUGAAAUGAAAAUAAGUUAUAUAACAAAAUAUAAAUGUCUUCUUUAUUCAUUGAAACGUCUCUAGAAAAGAGAACUCAGAACACCAAAACAGUGUCCCAUUCCUGUGUGGGGAUAAUUUAUGGUGAAAAUUCUCUAGAUUCUUAUUGGGCUAAAAUCUCUUCAACUGGCCUCUUAUAACUGGUAUAAUGUCAAGAAAUUAUUGCCAAAUCAGACUGCACUUCUAACUACUUAAAGAAGAUUUUAAAUCUAUAUAAUUAGUAAUCUGAAAGCUGAAAUUAUGCUUUUUAUUUACUUCUCACUAAGUUCUAUCUUAUUUACAUUGAUAUAUUUUUAGUAUGAUCAAAUAAAAUUUAGUACAGUGGUUGAAACACAAUAAUCUUUUCUAUAGUAUGGAAAAAUCUCUUAAUGUGAAUCCAUACUAUUUUUAUAAUUAGUAUGUUUAGUACUUAAGUUAUAUCCUAUUCUCUUUAACCCAUGCCUUUGAAAAUUACCAGUGAAUCCUUGUCUUUAAGCUAAAUUAAUAAUUACAAACACACUGUAAUUUAAAGUAAUAGAUGAGAAUACAGCAAUGAAAUUUUUCAAUUUUAGCUUUCAACCAAAUUCAUCCACAUGUGAAAUUUACACGUGAAGUCAAAAGGCUAUGAUAUUGUUGAUUUAAACCACGAAAAAUUCUAUUUCUAUUCCAGCUUAACUUGAACCUGCACGAUUAUAUUUUAUCUCUUUUCAUGUAUGGAAUGGGCAUAUGUCUUUAUUGUACAGGAGGCACAGGCCUAGAGGGGCACAAAUUUUCAUUGUGAUAGAAGCCAGUACUUAGAAACAAACCAAGCUAUAGGGUGAAAGUUUGAACCAUAAAGUUCUUCUCAAAUGGUGUAGAAAAGCAUAGUAUUCAGAGGUCACACCUUGGUAAGAAAAGAGAAAUUGCUUAUUUGAAGGUGUUUUUAAAUGCAUAAAAUUUUAAAUGCAUACCUUAUUGACCAGAAAGGGAGCAAAAUGUUUCCAAUUAACUCUUCUAGACCAUACAAAUGGCAUGUAUUAUGCUAGAAGUUAGUAAGAAUUAACAAAAAUAAGCAAACAAAUGUCUUUUUCAACAGCAGCUUUAGGCCCAUCAACUCUAAGCUGAUAGAUGCAUUCUUUUGCCAAAAUGAUAUAUUCUUAAACUACCACAGUCACUGAAUCAGCAUUCUCCCAGUGCAAGACCAAGACUUUAAGGGAACGUUAGGCACUGGUAAGGGAAGCAUUUUGUGCAGGGGGUCACAUCCCAGCAAGGAGGUUAACAAGGAACCCCUUCCUCUCACAGUAAAACAAUGAUCAUUUUGUUUUGACUAUCUAAAGUGUCUUCUAGUGCAAAGAAGUUGUUACUUGAACUUAAUAGGCCUCAAUCUUUUCCUGAUUGCAUUUCAAUUUUUUCUCUUUCUUUUGUAUAAUUUUUAAAUUCUUUGUUGUGCAAUGAAAUCCCUGUGAGUUCAUCUAAUUCUAAGUCGCUGAAUAUUUGUAUGGGACAGAAUAUGGAUCAGCCUUCUCAGAUCAUUUUUGAUACACAAAAUACUUGUUGAUUUUGUUUUCACUUCCCUGGUGGUGCAGUGGUUAAGAAUCCUCCUGCCAAUGCAGGGGC